AUGGGUGCAAUAAAAAUCACCAGUGAGAAAAAAGUUGAUUUGGAUGAUAUUCUGGAGCAGUAUGGAAUGUUUGAUCGUUUUCACCUACAGACGAUGUUUUUAGCGUUUCUAGCGUUUGCUUCGAAUGCUAUGUAUUGUACUAAUUUUGUGUUUGCCACUGAGGAAGUGGAGUACAGAUGUAAAGAUGACAUGGACAAUCCACAUUACUGCUAUGCAAAUUCGACGCAAGUAUGUUCGGAGUGGGUGUACGACGAACCAGACAGCUUCGUCUCAUACUUCCAACUAGCCUGUCAUGAAUGGAAGAGGACUUUGGUCGGUACGGUGCACAGCUUCGGGUACAUGUGCGGACUCCUUAUAGUCGGCCCGAUGUCUGACAGAGUCGGGAGGAAAACUGCAGUUGUUAUUACGGGUAUCUUGGGUGGAUUCUUCGGGCUUUUGAGAAGUUUCUCGCCGUGGUACUGGUUCUACAUCGCCAUGGAGUUCUUAGAAGCUGCAAUUGGAGACAGUUAUUCUCCUAUGUAUGUACUAGUUAUUGAAAUAGUUUCUACCAAAAGAAGACUAAUAUUUUAUAUGAUGUGCGGUUUUGGAUACUGUUUUGGAGGAAUAACGUUAGCUUUCGUCGCGUGGAUAACGCCGAACUGGAGAUGGAUCUUAAGAGUGAUAUAUGUACCAGGAUUUUUAUUCUUUGUCUACAAAUUUCUACUCGAUGAGAGUCCAAGAUGGCUUCUUACAAAGGGAAGAAAGGACGAAGCUGUGGCCGUUCUAAAAAAGGCUGCCAAGAAGAAUAAGCUGACGAUAGAUGCAAAUAGUUUCCAUCAGUUAUCCUGUGACGUCAGUCCAAAUGUGCCUUUUAAUGAAUUGUUGAAGGACACGUUUAAAUCAAGUCAAUUGAGGAAGAGAUUAUUCGUUUGUUUAGUUUGGUGGACAGCAUCCACCUUCAUCAACUAUGGAAUGAUAAUAAACUCUGUAACUUUACAAGGGAAUAAAUAUGUUAAUUUUGGCCUAUCGUCGCUCGUAGAAAUUCCCGCAUCUCUUAUUGUUACUUACAUUCUAAUUUAUUUUAAAAGAAAACUACCGUUGAUGUUAUCAUUCUUUACUGGAGCUGUUCUAUGUAUAGCACAACCAUUUAUACCGUUAGGUUUACCGUGGCUAUCGAUCACAUUCUACAUGGUGGGAAGGAUGAUGAGUUCGUUCUUUUUCGCCAUAACCUACAUGUACACGUCUGAGCUGUUCCCGACGUACACACGGAAUUCCAUGCACGCUUUGUGCUCCUCACUCGGCCGCGUGGGCGCCAUCAUCGCGCCGCAGACGCCGCUCCUGAACGUGUAUUGGUCUGGACUACCGUCCCUGGUCUUCGGUCUCGUGGCUGUGUUCGCCGGUCUCACCACUUUCCUAGUUCCCGACGUAUCAGAUGAUCUGCUACCAGACACCGUACUACAGGCUGAAUCUUUGGGCAAAUCAAAGAUCUCUUCAAAAACCGCAGAUGGCCAUAUUGAAAAAUAUACCUCUCAACUGUGAAUAAAUUAUUAAAAAUGCAUGCAAUAAUAUGUAUUAAAAUAUAAGUUAUGAUUUUGAUCCCUUAUAAUGUAGAGAAAUUUUGUAAGACUGUACUUAAAAAAAAAAGUAAAGUCAGAUAAAGUUAUGUGUAUUUUAAGUCUAAUUUUUGGCUUAUAGGAAAAUCAAUUGUACUUGCAGAACUGUAGUUGAUAGAAAAGUGAAGGUGGAUAAGAGCAUAGCUAACUGCUUAUAUUUAAACAAAAAAAAAAAAAACGAGUGUGCUUUAGACCACACGACUGAAGUAAAACUUCUGCACAAUCGGCCUGCACUGUGUCUUACAUAUACGAAACAGAACUGGCUAUGAGAGAAAGAGAAAAAGAAAAUGUGUGCCCGCACCUCUCUUUCUUACUCCGUUCACCUCAACCGAUCACACUUUUGUCACGCAUUCACAAGCUUGUCCAAGUCAAGCGUGCAUAAAGAAUUUUUACUUCAAAGUAUUAUCAGCCCAAAGCAAAUUGAGAGCUAAGAUUUAUCAAUAGAUAUAAAACUAAAUGAAAAGUAAAAAAAACUUGUAUAUUUUUGAAGAAUUUUCAUUCAUCGAUAUCUGGGAAGAGAAAAAGAAGAAGAUUCAAUCCUCAGUACUGACAGUUUUGGCGACUUCUUGAGCCAGCAUUGAGAUAAUAAUAGGAUAUUAUAAUAUUUCAAAGAAACUUAGAUUUAA